AUGUCCGACCCAUCGAAGCCUACAGCCAUACCCAUAUUGGGCGGAGCACCGUCCAAGCCCAUAAACAUCGCAAUUGUAGGCGGUGGUUUCUCCGGCCUCGCCCUUCAAGUUGGCCUUCAAAAGUAUCCUCAUAUCAACUCGCAUGUCUAUGAGUCUACCGCCAAAUUUUCCGAGCUUGGCGCUGGCGCUGUUCUCAGCCCUAAUUCUCAGCGCGCAAUGCAAUUGAUUGACCCCCGUAUAUUUGAAGGAUUCCAGCGACGCGCAGCUUUUGGCGUAGACCCGCCUGACGAAAAUGGCCUCUUUCCAUGGAUAACGAUGACUAAAGGUCAGGCCCCGGAUAUUAGUGAACCAGUUAUGCAAUGGAAACACGAGACCAAAGGCUCUACUAUUCAUCGAGCCCAUUUCCUUGAUGAGCUAGCUAAGCUUAUUGAACCCAGCCGUGCGCAUUUUGGCAAGAGGGUGGCCAGAAUCACCGAAAGUAGUGACAAUGAGCCAAUUGUUCUACAUUUUAAGGACGGAACUACAGCGGAGGCUGACCUGGUCAUUGGUACCGACGGAAUUCAUUCUGUAGUUCGCCAGCAUAUUCUUGGCCCUGAGCACCCAGCGGCAAAAGCGUUCUUUACUGGUGCUAUCAUUUAUCGGGUUGUGAUUCCGAUCGAAAGGGCAAAAGCCAAAUUGGGUGAUUUCGACGCAGCGGAACAAAAGUUUGUGAUUAGAUGCGGCAAAGACGCCAUGGUGUACGGCUUUCCUGUGGCCAACGGGACUCUUUAUUAUAUUGGCGUCACAACCUUCAAAAAUAGCCCCGUUCAACCUGACCAGUGGAUGGUGAAACCAGAUCUCAGUGGUCUGCAGGAACGUUUCACAGAUUGGGAUGAUUAUGUGAGGAAACAGGUCGAGCUGGUACCUGAUGAUGGCACAACUCUGGGCUGGUCUAUCUGGGAAAUGCCCCCGGCGCCAACCUACUACAAGGGGAGAGUAGCAAUCAUGGGAGAUGCAGCUCAUGCUUCCACACCAUAUCAAGGUGCUGGUGCAGGCCAGACCAUCGAGGAUUCGCUCGUUAUGGAAAGGCUUCUCGGGAAAUAUUUCGAUCCUGCAAGAGAAAAAGUACACCCUCUUAACACUGUCGAGACUACACAGCUUAUUUUCCAGGCUUUUGACACAGUACGCCGUCAUCGAAGCCAAAAGGUUCAAACAACUAGCUCGGAGACCGGCCGAAUCCUAACUGGUGCUGAGCCUGGUGUUUCAAUGAAAGCUGCAGACAUGAGCGAGCGGAUGGAUGGUCGUCAGAACUGGAUGUGGGAUUACGACCAGGAAGUGCAGGUCAAAGAUGCUAUGUUAAUAUUUGAGGAAGUCGAAUGGUCUCGAGCACGGAUUGCCGCUAAUUCCUCUGUUUGA